GCGGCGAGUCUCUUGUCUCUAGUCUGUGGAUUCUAUGAUCCUCUCUGCUCCUUCUCGGAUAGGUUCAAAGCGGCUUCCUUUGCUUCUUGCCACAGUAGUUGCCUUGGAUCGAGCGUGCUUUGGAAGUUUUCGUAAUCUUUUCUUUACCCGGCCAUCAGUCAAUGUUGAGUGCAAGUGUAGUGAAGAUCCCCGUCAUUGUUCACGCCGUAAGGCAAUCAUAACAAUAAGAACCGCGACUAAUAUUCAUUCAUGUUCCACAUACAUACCGUGUUCAUCUUGACUUGAGUUAAAGGUUUUACAGUGCAUGGUCCCAUUUCCUCAUUUCAAAUCUACGGUUCGUCCACCAGUCGGCACAAUGAACGGAUCAUACGUUCUCCUUCGGACUUGAUCGUCUUCCCUUCCAACCCUGUUCCUUUGGAGUGUCCUCCCUCUCCACUCAUCAUGUUCAAAUGGAAGGUUAGUGGCCUUGGCGGAGGUGGAGGAAGUGGUAGCAAUAGCAAAAAGGCCAAACAACAGGCCGAGAAGCUCAAUAAUGCUACUAGUGCGACGACAACUACCACCACCAAACCGUCCAAUGAGGGACAAUCCGCGACGAAGAACAAUAAUGCCAAGAACAACAAAGACAACUCGCCAAAGAAGGAAUCCAACAAACGGGACAAAGAUGAGAAUGGUGGAGGUACCAAAUCCAGAUUUGCUUUCUUUACAUCGUCUUCUUCGUCAUCCUCGACCAACAACCACAACAACAAUUCAAACAACAGCAGCAAUAACAACACGGCUAAUAAUAGCAACAACCACAAUGGUACCACGGGGACGAGCGCUCAAAAUCCACCAAAUAUGAACGGACAGAAUGCUGGAACGUUAUUGAGGAAAUCCCUGGACAAAGAUACCAUGUCAAGGGUGGGCCAAAGAUUGGCAACUGCUCCUGCUCCUCAAAUUCCUCCUUUGGCAAAUCCACCACAGCUUCCGAAUGGAAAUGCUCCUCAGCAUCAUCAGAAUGGGUCGUCUGGCAAUCAUCAUUUCCAUAAUGUGCAUCCCAUGUAUCAGAAUCGACCCCAACAGCCCCAUCCUCCACCGCCACCUCAAGGCCAUGGUCAUGGUACAUAUCAUGCUGGUCAAGGAGAGGAGGCUUUGGCUAGCGAUUCCUUGUACCGACCUUCUGGACAUUCCAAUCGACAGGGAUAUCACCAAUUUGGACCCAACCCCAAUCCGACUCGAAACGCUUCAGAAAGCACCUAUGGUCCCAAGACAAAUCUACCAGGCAUGGCUCACUGGUCAUCCCAUGGUUAUUUGGCUAAAACGAAUGGUUCAAAUAACAGCCCCAAUCAGAAUCAGGUCGAGGAAUCGCCCAUGAAUAGAACGAUUGAUAACGGUUAUGUGGUUUUGAAACGUCAGGGAGAGCAACUGGUGACCCACCAACAAGGACGCUCGGGGCACCAGGAACCUCAAUCUCUGCCGUCACAAUCGGUGGAUUCAUUUUCACCCCCAGAUAUGAGCAAUAACGAUCGCAAGUACUUUUCUGUGCGGGGAAUGGGAGACCUCCAGAAGCACAACUUCCAACCCAAUUCGAAUAAUGGCGUUCCACAAGGUGCAAUACUUGGGGAUCAGAAUGAGAGCGGGAAAUAUUACAGUGUGGAUGCUCGGUACCAUAACAUGAAGACCCUUCCAUCGGAUCUUCGGUCCAAGCUCAGACAAACACAACUACCACCUCAACAAAUCAACAAAGUGACACCCAUUUACCAAUCACCACCGGCUCCUCCACCACGGAAUGCUCAAACGAAUCUUGGUGCACCAACGCCCCGGGCUGGUGCGACAGUGUCUAAUUUGGAGAAAUCCAAGUCCAUGUCCGGAUCCGUGUCUUGGUUGGAAUGGACUCAACAGCUACAAGCUUAUAUAGCGUGGGUCAAUUCUCAAUUGAGAAAGAGGCCCGACCUCAAGCCCGUGCAAGACCUCAGGACCGACCUCCAAACUGGAGAGGUCUUGGCUCAGCUCAUCGAGAUUAUCUCUGGAGAGAGAAUCGUUGGAAUUGAGUACAACCCUGAGUCAUUGCAAGGCAUGCGUGAGAACUUGGAGCGCAUCCUCCAAUUCAUGGCUCACAAACGCAUUCGGAUGCAUCAGAUCUCGUCCAAAGAGAUCUUAGAAGGCAAUCUGAAGGCAGUCAUGAGACUCAUCCUAGCCUUGGCUGCCCACUACAAGCCCCAAAGUGUGCGCCAUCAUGAUCACCAACCAUCCGGGUCAAGCGGACCAGAGGCGGCAGAAUCGUCAAGUGCGAACCCCGUUCAAUCUGGGGCAAGAAAGUCGGACGAGAGUGAAACAAAGACAGACAAAGGAGAAUCCAACGCAAGUCCAACGAAAACUUUCGUUCGAACUCCAGCUUUGGAUUUGGACCAUGAUUUGAAUGCCUCCCGCAACACCACCAUCGACCGUUUCAACGAUUCCAGUGCCAAUCUCAAUCAAACUCAAGAUAGCACCAAUGGUCUCUCGUCCUCGGCCAAUUCCACUGUUGUCGUCAAACGAACGCCAAGUCUUAAUGAUUCCCAUCUGUCGAGACAAGUUUCUCGGGACCCACAUCUUUGCCCAAUCAGAGUCCUCACAUUGAAAGGAAGCAUUCCUUGGAUGUUCAGAGCUCCAAAGUGUUUUCUUCGGCCACCUUGGACAGGAGCACUAACAACGGCACAACCGUCCCAAGUCAACCCAGUCCACCCUCAUCCGACACUCGGGGCGAAGUAGAGGGGAGUUCCGACAACAAUUCCCCGCCUACCAGCGUCAUCCAAGGCUGCAAUAACAUGGAUGGGCCGUGGAACAAGGCUUACGAUUGGCUCAAAUCCACCACUCCCGCCACCACCAACGGAAAUGGAGCCUGCUCCAUGAAUAAGUGGGACAGUCACGGAACAAUGUCCAAGGAGUUCUUAUCCCAUCAUGAGGAGCUUAACUCGGACAAGUUUCAUCCCAAGUACGCCCACACUGGAUCUCGCAAUGGUCUCUUUGACACGGGCUUCCCCUCUCUGGACGAGGAAGUCUUGUAUUUGAGAUCCCUUCGUCGAACCGGCGAUGGUAAUAGUCAAUCCUCGAGCGGUGGCAAACCAAGCGAUACGUUAUCGGAUGAUGUUCCCGUUCUUCCACUGAUCCCGUCACAAAAACCAAUGAGUCGUGGCUCGGACAAAGAUCAGACACCCCCGUUCCUUCCUUAUGAUGUGCUUCUUCGAGAUCUCACUCAAGCGAAGAGGCAGCUGCUUGAACUUCAAAAUCUGGUGAGAGGAAUUUCCUUCUUCACUAUUCAACAGGUAUUAUUCUUUUUCCCUCACAUUGAAAGGAAGCAUUCCUUGGAUGUUCAGAGCUCCAAAGUGUUUUCUUCGGCCACCUUGGACAGGAGCACUAACAACGGCACAACCGUCCCAAGUCAACCCAGUCCACCCUCAUCCGACACUCGGGGCGAAGUAGAGGGGAGUUCCGACAACAAUUCCCCGCCUACCAGCGUCAUCCAAGGCUGCAAUAACAUGGAUGGGCCGUGGAACAAGGCUUACGAUUGGCUCAAAUCCACCACUCCCGCCACCACCAACGGAAAUGGAGCCUGCUCCAUGAAUAAGUGGGACAGUCACGGAACAAUGUCCAAGGAGUUCUUAUCCCAUCAUGAGGAGCUUAACUCGGACAAGUUUCAUCCCAAGUACGCCCACACUGGAUCUCGCAAUGGUCUCUUUGACACGGGCUUCCCCUCUCUGGACGAGGAAGUCUUGUAUUUGAGAUCCCUUCGUCGAACCGGCGAUGGUAAUAGUCAAUCCUCGAGCGGUGGCAAACCAAGCGAUACGUUAUCGGAUGAUGUUCCCGUUCUUCCACUGAUCCCGUCACAAAAACCAAUGAGUCGUGGCUCGGACAAAGAUCAGACACCCCCGUUCCUUCCUUAUGAUGUGCUUCUUCGAGAUCUCACUCAAGCGAAGAGGCAGCUGCUUGAACUUCAAAAUCUGCUCACCUUGCGGGGACGUCAAACCAGUGAAUCUGGAUUCCCAACUAAUUCCAUUCACCCCAAGCAUGCUCUUGAAGAUGAUUCCCGUCCUCAUGCCCUGGGUCCAAUCUGUUGCUCCACAUUGGAAGCUGAAAUCCAGGCCUUAAAAGAGGAAUGUUCUACUUUGGAGAACUCUAAGCACAUGUUAAGUCAGGAAUUGGCCAUGAAGGAAUCCACGUUGGGCCAUAUCAAAGACACUUUGCUUAGAUCGAAUAUGGCCAAGCAAGGAUUGGAACAAGAGAAGCGUGAACUCAUGAAACGAGUGCAAAGUCUGGAAUCGUCCAUGAGAAACCACGUUAAUAGUAACGAUAACUCUCUUCAUCACCAAUCUUCGACACUCAUUGAACAUCACGGGUCGUUUCAACAAAGCAAUAGCAGUUCCACCAAGACCUCCUUGGCUAAACUCCAAUUAGAGGAGUUCAUACAGAAGAGCAAACAACUCGGCAGCGAUCUCGCCUCUCUCUCAUCAGAAAACACGGCCUUAAAUUCCGAGAUCAGAGCCAUGUAUGAGGAAGAGGUGACCGUUGCCAAAGAUGCAAUCGCUAAUCUUCGGACCAGCUUCAAUAACUCCGAUCCAAAUCAGCAUAUACUGGACACUUUGGAACAAUGCAUCUCUGUCAUCAUUGAGAAGAUGCAAAACAUGGAUGUCAAUGAGAAACCAUCCACCACUGCCAAUAGCAGUCGCCUCAGCUCACUCGACUAUAGAAUCAACAAUAAUGAGGGGAGAUCGAAUCCCAUCAGCCCAAUGGUUCCAUCCACGACCAAAGUGCUUUAUUUCACGAACCGCUCUGUAACUCCAUUCAUGAGCACUUUAAACAAACCCAUCGGAGAAAUUAGGCUCAGAGAUUUCAAGAACAUCUUCGAUCGACCGGGAUUCUUCAGGUUCCACUUUAAGGCCUUGGACCAAGAAUUUGGAAUGGUGAAGGAAGAAAUUACCCUGGAUGAGGCCAUUCUCCCCGGAAACGAGGGUAAAAUCGUGGCAUGGGUCGAAGAGGAAUAGUUCUCUAGAGUCCCUCGCGCUCCACUCUUACUGUGAUACCUUUUUUAGCACUCUUGUUGAUUGUACAAACGCAUCUAAGGAAUAAAUAUCAUACCAUUCCGUUGUCUCA